GGCAAUGGCCAAAAUAUCACGUUUCGCUCGAAGGGCCAAAGCAAUUGGGUUGGAGGCUUCUCCGGUAUCGGAGAUCUAUCUCCGGCUUUCUUCUCCGGCGAUCAGACGUCGCAGCCGAAAUCGAAUUGAAUCAAUCCCUUUCUUCUCUUUUACACCUUCGAAUAUUCCUUCUUGAUAAACCGUCGUUGUCUUCUAUUCUCUAAACAACAACAAUGCAGAAAUGGUUUUCAGUCGGCAGCGGCGACGACGACGAUGGGAACCGUCCGCAACAAGCUACAUCGUCUUCGUCUUCGUCUUCCUCUCUUCUGGCUGAUUGGAACUCAUACACAGCCUCCAAAGCUUCGGACGAGAGUGGCGGUGGGAUUUUCGAUCUCGAAGCUGCCGUCAGAUCCGCCAACGACACCGUCGCUGGCACUUUCAGCGUGGUUUCAAAAGGAGUGAGAGACUUACCAGGGAAUCUUCAAUCUGCCACGAGUAGUCUUCCAUCAGGAAAAUCUCUCAUGUACUUUGGCAUGCUUCUGGCAACUGGGGUGUUCUUUAUUUUUAUUGCAUUCACCUUGUUCCUUCCGGUCAUUGUGCUGGUGCCUCAGAAAUUUGCCCUCUGCUUUACUUUUGGAUGUGGCUUGAUCAUUGGCUCGUUCUUUGCUCUCAAAGGUCCGAAGAAUCAGUUUUUGCAUAUGUUUUCGAAAGAGAGACUUCCUUUUACGCUGGGAUUCUUAGGCACAAUGGUUGGUACAGUUUAUGUUUCAAUGGGGCUGCAUAGUUAUGUUCUCUCUGUCAUCUUCUCUGUGCUUCAGGUUCUUGCAUUGGCAUACUAUGCUGUAUCCUAUUUUCCAGGUGGAUCUGCAGGAAUGAAGUUCAUGCUCUCUGGCCUUACCUCUUCAAUACUAAAAUGCUUUGGCCGGUAAAUUUGAUGCUUUUUACAGUGUUCGGUUCAAAUUCCUUCUCUUGGUUUAUUGGGAUAUUGAUCAUAUCUGUGGUACUUGUCAAAAGAAAAAUAGAAGGAUUUGUCUCUAUAUCAUUUAGAAAUCAAAGUGUUUAUACAAGGCAUAAGAUGGUGUUGUAUUUCA